GGGUGAGCACCGCUUUCUCCAACUUCGCGAAGAGCGGGGUGCUUGGUCAUCGUAUGUCGCGCGCGUUUGCGACUGUCCAACGUUCUGAAAAUAGCUGUCACUGGACAUGCACCCAGCCGCAAAACUAUGACUACGGCAGAUGGUCUCUGUACGCAUCUCACCUACUACCUCAACCAUGGACGGCCUCCGUGCGACUAUCCGUCCGCUAGUCUCGCGCUGCCAUCUCCGACCCUUUCCCUGCCCAGCCAUACUAUCGUCGAACAAAUGUCUCCAGGUUCUUCGACCUCUGUCUUACAUUCUUCUCAUAGGGACGGUUGCCGGUCUCUACAUCUCGUGCGUGACGGAGGAUGUCCUGCGUCAAAACAUCGCCACGGCCCGCACCAUGCACUCUUCCGACGCUGUUGACUCCGCUCUACGGUGGUUGUCGCUCGUCAUGUUCCUCAUCGCACACAUCAUUAUGCAGUCGCCGCUAAACACCACCGACAGGCCUGGCAUACGGAGCCAGACCUUGAAGGUCGCUGCAAACGUCCUCGGAACCCUCUGUCUCAGCUUCGCCAUCCACUUCUGCAUCUUCCUGGUCUUCAGAUUCAACCCCGCCGAGCUAACAAGGGUCCAGGAGCUGAAUGACGCCGUUACCAUGGUCUACAGCGCUCUGAUACUACGAGGCGGGUGGUUGGUGCUUUCGCACUGGUACGCAUUCAUCAGAGGAGACUUGCCAAAAGCCGAAGUAGAAGAACCUAAGCUUGACUGGCGGAAGGUACUUUUAAAACUCGAUCAAGAGCAAAGAGCUCGUCGUCUGCUUGACGGUAUCCUGGUCGUCCUGAAACAGCGAGAAGUCCCUCCCGAGGACGACUGCGCAAUCUGUCAUGGCAGACUUCUGCACAUACACAACGGAACCGACGGAGAAGAGCGUCACCCUAUUGUACGACUCCCCGGAUGUCGUCAUGUUUACUGCAAGCCUGAUGUCAUUAAUUGGGUCCUCUCUGGGCAUAGAACGUGCCCACUUUGCUGCCAACGCUUCACUCGAGCAGCCAAGAUGCCCCGUAUUCGUCUCAGCCCUGAUGAACCUGAAGGACGAGUCGAAGCCCAGCGUCUCCAUCGAGAAUACCUGCAAGACGAACGGAAUCAAGAAAUGGCGGGAAUCAUGGUUGAGUUCGAUCGUCGUAUCAAGGCGAUGGUGUUCUGCCUGUCACUCGUCUUCGUUCUCUACGACAUCUUCACUCUGGACCGAUUCUGGUUGCCCCUCGCCGCACUCAGGGGUUUCCUUGUGUUCUGAGGAGGUCCGCAGCACCGUCUAGUUGGUGAUUGUUCGGAGUUGACGCAGGUCGGGGGCGUUUGGGUGACGGCGGAGCGCGAUACAAUCAAGGCGGACGCUAUUCCUGC